AUGUCGUUUAAAGCUACCACGCUUUAUUACACUGAGAAAAAAAUAGCUGUGUUUAAUAGAGCGUAUCAACUCCUUGGUUUCUACUGAAUUAAAGUAUACAACGAUGUAUUAUUCAUAUUGUUUCUAUAGAUUUCAAUUAAUAGAAUCAAAAUAUGUUAUAUCGUAGCAGGAGGUAAGAUGAAAAUCGUACAUGAUUCUUUAUCUAAAAAAAAAAAAAAAUUAAAAGUUUGAGAUUAUAAAUCGAUUAAUCGAUUGUUAAAUAGGAGUUUGUACACGUAUUUAAUGUUGAUAUCAACCGUCUAUAAUUACAAGAGUAGUUUGCGAUUAAAACUGUUGGUGCAUGUACUUAAUUGCACUAUUGUCCCCAUUAUAAUGUAAUUAACACCGAUAUAGGACUCGAGGUAAAGUAUUCUUUCAUAUGGAUUAUGGGUUAACCUCAUAAGGAGGUUACCUUUCGUGAUAGUAUUUCAUGAAAUUCGUAAUGUGAAUUGAAGAACAUAAUUUGAUCAAUUUGCAUAUUUGCACAUUGAAUUUUUUUCGAAAAUAUUAAGAUGAACCAAUGGCAAUAUAAUCAAUUAAUGAAAUAAUAAAUAUUUCAGGAAGGAUUAUAUACGUGUAUCUAUGCAUUGAGAAACGAAUGUGAUAAUAAAUCCAUCACUCACUUUGAUGGCGAGAGUGCGUUAUUGUUGUCCAAUCAAAGGAAUGAAAUCCUGUUAGAUUUCAAGCAACUACAAAGAACCUAAAUGACGUUGAUUGAUUAAUAACAUCCUAAUUUUUUAUUGGACGUUAUUUUUCCAACAUUAAACUUGUCCUGUUUGAUCGACAUCAAGAAUUAUUCAUAUUAACAAUUACUUAAAGUUUUCCUUUGAAACUUUAACUCUUUCUGAACAUUUUUUAAUAUAAAAGAAAUAGAUUAGUAUAAAAACAUUCGCUCUAUAAAUAUCGUAUUGUUUUUAGUAAGCUUUAAAGGAGAAUAUAUAAAACGUUUGCAAUGUAAAACUGUAUUGAUUUCAUAAAUUAAUUGCCAAUUAUUUUACAUUUAUUCUCUUUUAAUAUUUAUAAUAACUUAAUUCUCAAAAAAAAAAAAAAGUAAUCAGUAGUUUCCGAAUCGAAAGUAACCUUUAAUAUUUUUUUACAGAAAUCAAUAUUCGGAAAAGAGGGACAAUUUCUAUAUAUAACGUGACAUCUUUAUAUUUUCACGCGACAGGGGAGAAAGUCCCAUUCACAUAUUUGAAUCAGUUGGAACCAGGUCAAACAGAAGAGAUACACAGUGUUCACGCUUUGUUUUCAAUUAUUACGACGAAUUACGAGGUAAUCUUCGUCUUUUCUCCAGAGCACACGUUAUACGAAUAUGUAGGUGCUCCUAUACUUCCUAGAGUUGCUAGGAAUUGCAGAAGACGAUGAGACCAGAAUUCACGAUGCUUGUGCGAUUACUCGCGGGUGUAAAUACGUUUCCCACUUUCUCUACGAAUCAUACUCUCUUCUUGCAGUUCGUACGAACAUAUACGAUUCUUGUCUUUCAUUCCUGAAACGAUUUGAUCGAUUCUAAUUCUAACGAAAUGAGCAUGAACAAUGCAUUGCAGAAUUGGAGUGCAAGCACACUGUUUUCUAGAAAAAAUGUUUCUUUGACAAUAGUUUGAUAAUACGUAUUUAAAAUUUUUACAUGUCAGUACGUUUGAAGAAGCAAUUAGUUUUGAAUAUAUAAAAAGAAUAUAUGAAUAUAUAUUCAGUUGAAAAUAAUUACUGAAAGUUACAGCGUUCUAUCUUUUAAUAAUUAUAUGAUUUAUGAUUAUUGGGAAAGGUAUAAAAUAGGGGAAGAAUAAUGAACAUACAAAAUCUAAAUAUAUCCUGACUAAAGUCUAAAUUCUAUUUAAUUGAUUCAUGAAAUCUUCACGUCCCAUUUCUUUGAACAUUUACUAUAUUUGGAAUAAAUACGAUUAAAGAAUGAUUAUAUUUUUCUGACCUUGAUAAAUUCAUUCUUGAUACAAAUAAAACAUAUCUCGACUGAAUUCUUGAGUUCUAAUCACGAAAGCAAUGAAUAUAAUUAUUCAACUUUUUUACCUAUUUGGUUCAAAUGCAGAAUCUACGUUUCCAUUAUAACGAUUGGAUAAGGUGGUUUAGACUGAUUUUCAAUAGUGGCUCGAUAAGUCUAAUUGAUAGAACGAUAUAAUAAAUUUAUUAAACAUUGCAACAUAUUUCAUGAAACACCACACAGCUGUCCAUCAUUGUUCCAAGUGAAAGAAAGAAGAAAGUGUAAAGAUUGUCGCGGUUCGAUACGUUUCGUUGUUUUUGAACGAUUAUUUUCGAUAUCGACAGAAUCGAUGCAAUCAGCAAAAAGAUUACGAGUAUUGUGCAUUAUAAUCAAAGACGCGUUUUAUCACAAAGUCUCAUUACAUAAUAUUCGACUUCGGUGAAGUUGAAGAAAAAAUGAUUUCAACGCGUAUAAAUCGUACACGAUUUCAAUUAGACUGCUUUUCUAUCAAAAUUGCUUACUGUUCACUAUAUUAAGUGAAUUCGAACAAUAUAUUACUAUCAUGCAAAAAUAUCUAUACUAUAUUUGCUUUUAAUAAGAUUUAGUAAUUUAGUUUCAAAAUAAUUAUAAAAUUAUUUGCAUAAUUGAAAUAAAAUAAUGUGAAUAUAAUUGGCCAAUCUUUUUAAGUUUAUUUUGCAAAUUACAUAUAUUUAAAUUGAAUAGAUAUAUCAGUUGAUAAAGAUAGUUAAUUUAGUCGAUAAAUUGGUAGAUGAUUUAUUUACUAUGAUAAAAGAUAUUCAAAUCUGAAAUCUUUUAUAGAAAUUUAUUAUUUGCAAUUUGUAUAUAAGAAAAUACAAAAUGCUGCUAUCUUUUACUAAAACUUAAUUAAAGUAUUAAGAUAUUUAUCAGUAGUAGUGCAAUUUCAUUUGCAUGACAGGUUGGCAUUAAAAUAAAUUGUCAAUAAUUUAAUGUCUGCUCUCGAGUAGUUAACGUGGAGUUACCAGGUGCUACAUUGAUCAUUUCCUCUUCUUCUCUAGGUAACCGGCGUGAUCAAUGUUUUCACGUUUGUCCGCGUUUUCUCAGAAAUAGUUACCAAUUCAAUUACCAAUUACGUUAGACGGAAAAUUUUCUUGGUCCAAUGUGGUGCCAGCAUGUCUUAUUGUUCAUUCAACGAAGAUACAACAUGAUGAAAUUAAUAAUUAUUUCUCAAGAAUUUAAUUUGCAUUUUGAUGGCCCACAAGAAGUAUGUACAAGUCUUUUUGUAUACCUUUUACUAAUAAUGAAACGUAUUUAUCUGCACGUCAGAAUUAUCUACAUUUAUAACUAUAUAGUAUAUAUAACUAUAAUAUAAUAUAAAUACUGUAUAGUAUUUAUAACUAUCCAGCGAUGUACAGUUUGAUCGUGAUCUCCAGAUAAACAUUUUGUUAUGUUAAUGAACAGAUAAGAAACUUAAUUGUGUGCUUCACUUUCUACAUUUGCAUGAAGAAACUUUCAUUAUUUGCCAACUCUGUUAUUCAGUGUAAAAAUCUGGAAUUUAAUAUGAAAUUCUCACAUUAACAAUAUACAUGAUGGUGAAAAAUGUUCGGCGAUAUUUUCACCCUGUGAAACAAGGUUAACAAGUCAGUAAAAAUAAAAGAAGUUUAAAGGACGAUGCAUUUCGUUUGCCGUGUACAGUGUGCAGACCAUCUGCAUAAGUACCAUUUACGUGAGAACGAUGCUAAUAAGAAGCACGUAGAUUUUCGUGUGUUGGAUGAUUAACGAUGUCUAAAAUCAAGAAAGAACGAGGAAAAAUUUAUCUUUUUGUCCUGGCCAUCAUACGCAAUUGCACAAUAAUACAUGAAUGUUGUCCGAAAUGCAUAAUACAUAUGCAUGGACACGUGUGUCGAGUUUUAAUACUUUAGCCUUUCGGGUUAUUAUUUAACAUAAUGCUGAAAUAAUAUAAAACUGCAAGGCAUUUUUUUAGCCUAAAUUUGAUUAAGGCUAAAGAAUCUAAAUUCAAAGAAUUUAAAUCGAAGAAUUUUCUUGAUGACAAAACUUUGUAAAAAAAACGAAUGAGAUUAAUUUGUAAAAAAUGAAUUCCACUAUUUUGUAAAAAAUGAAUGAGAUUAAUUUAACUGUUACGUACAAUAUUGAUCCGUAAUGAAUAUCAAUGAUGUUAAUAUUUUUUAAAUGAGGUUUUUCAUUUUAGAUUGAAUAAUACUAAUUAAAUAUUAUUACAAAUAAAAAUACUAUUACAUACUAUACAAUUAAAUACUAUUACAAAUGAAAUUUCAUAUUUUAGUCACGCAAUUAAAUGUUUCAUUAUUAUUUUAUAUUUUAGAGGAAAUGUAAGAAGAUAUAUAAGCAAAAUUUCAUUCCUGAUGAUCUUUAAGAAAUUAUUCUUCCACACAUUGUUCCAAGAAAGACACACGUUCAUUUCGCCCAAGUGUAUAUUUUGUUAUUCUUUUUAUAUUAUUUAUUAGGUUUAUUCUGUAACCAUAUGAAGAACAGGUAGUCAUACGAUAAUAUUUUAUCUGUGGCCUUUAUGUAAAAAUAUUAAAUAUAUUAUAUCUGAGGCAUAUAAGACGUAAUUUUUCGCAUUAAUUAUAUUAACAACGUUUAUCUUCCUAUCUAUGUUUUGACGUAUGUACAUAAUUUAAACGUUAGAUGAUAAUGUAACUUAAUACGCGUGCGUUGCUGGCGUUUAUCUUUAACUUGACACAUACUCCAUAGCGAAAUGGCUGUGUUAAACAGAUAUCACCGCGUUUGCUAUUUAAAUUUAAUAUUACGUGGGUAUUCUAGCCUGUGUAUAUUCUGAGUUAUAUAUUAGUGACUUCAAUAAUAUAAAAUUGCUAAGGGAUUAACAUUGAAUUUUGGUAUUUGAAGUUUUCUCUGUUGACAAUCGGAAUAAAUAUUAAUUUUGGCGGGCAAACGACAAGAGAUAUUAAACUGCUAUUUCAGUAAAAUAGAGUUAAGAAUUAAAGUAAACGAAAAUGCUACUUGUCUCAGAAUAAUAUUUACUAAAUAUUUUAUAUCUUGAGGAUGGAGGAAAAUUAUUUUUUAAAUCGUCCGUUUUGAAUUCGUCGAGAUAAUUUAAACAACAAUUAACUCUGUAUUCAAUUAUCUGUAAAAUUUACAAAUCAACCAACUAUGUCACAAUAGAUGUCAAUUUCAAGAGUUUGCAGUUAAAUUGAACGUGAAUCAAAUGUGGCAUAAAGAAUUGCCGAAAAUUAGCGUACCGUUCGUCAGAAAAUAUCGGAGCUUCUCUUUGCCCAAAUAUGGAGUCGCUAGAUUGCAGAUGCGACUUCUCAAUGAGUUAACGACGUGAAAUUUCGAAAGUACUCAACCGUUGCUCGUAUGUUAAAUGGAUAUCGAUAAACAAAAGGCUUCGAACGCUUCCUUCUAUCCAUAAGUUUACGUUUUUAUCAUCUAUGCCGAUGGCCUUUCAUUCUGUUCACUGUCACGCAUACGCAUCCGUCCACCAUUAACCAACACUGUAAUAUGAACUUCCUCGGUUCUUCUGGCCGGUCAUUUCCUGUACAUAUACGUAUAUAUUACAUCGCCUCUACUUACGACGUACUCUCGUCUGUCGCACUAAGCUUAAUGUGAAAAAAAAAAAAAAUCACUUCUUCACCAAUCACUUCGUCUUUCUUUUAAUCAUACAAGAUUUGGAUCGUUAGUCUCUUAAUUGGAAAGGAUGAGUUAACUCGUCGCCGAAAUUGCCAAUAUCUUGAUCCCAUUAUGUAAUUCAAUUUGUUCGAAGAUCUCCAUCUUUUGCAAUGUCGUCUUCCUACUCUUUUGUUCUGUUUAUUUGUAUUUCUAUAGAAUUAUCCAAUUCUACGGUAUUUUGAUUUAAUUCAGAGCUUAUUAAUACAUGUAAAAUUCAUUAUACAUCGAUAUCAACUUGUUAAUUUUAUACACGAAUUUUAAUAAUUUUAAAUUGUACAAACUAAUUGUAUAAACUUAGAGAAUAAUUUAAUUAAUGUGCGUUGAAUUCUAUUCAAUUAAUACAGCAAAGUUCAGAUAAUUCGGUAAUUAAGGAAGAUAUUUAGUCGUUUUGAUAUUCGAGAUUAAUGGAAAAAAUAAAUGAGAAUUGAAGAAAAUUAAAUUAUUUACAGUUGAUGUGCCAUGUAAAUUUUCCACGUUGCUUGUUAACACGUUUGUUUCUCUUUCAUUUUCGAGAGAAAUGGAAAAUUUGUUAUUCAGGAGUUUACCGUUUCUGAAACUUCGCUUAGUCAGCGUGUUAGUUUAAUCGCGAUUGCAAGAAGAAGAAGAAGAAAAAAAAUACAAACCAUUGCAAAGCGCACGUGAUGCGUUACAAUUUAAGAGUUAGUGAAUGAACAGCGUUGAUUUGAUCGCGAUUCUUUACAUAAUUUCUAUUUUUCCUUCGCCUUAAAUAAUCAUUCAACAAUUGCUGAACGCGAUCUCUCGUACACGUUGCAUACAAAUGUAAAAGUGUAAGUUAUUAGUUUUAUAAUAGAAAUAGGAUUUUUGUAAAUGUAUGAUAACUUUGUGUUUUUUUAAGUUAAUAAUUUGGAAAAAAACCAAUUUACAUAAAUGUAAAUAUCCAUGUGUAUAAUGAUAUCCACGUAUGUAAUGUUAACGUAAAAUGUUAGUAGUUCAAUUUACAGUGGUAAAAAUAUAAAUGAAAAUGAUUGUAUAAUUAUUAUAUAUUUUGUUAAGAUAACAAAGUUUCUUUAAAUAUUGUCAAAAAGUAAGGACACGCAUUGUAAGGAUUGAUGUAACAUGGAUGUUCAUGUAAUUUUUUCAUUUAUUCAUUUGAUAUUUCACAAACAAUGUACGAUUUAUUCGCAGUCAAUGAGAGAUGAUUUUAUUCUUUCCAUAUUUUAUAAUGUAACAACUUCAAUACUUCUAUAACAACUUUAAUACUUUAAUAUAUAAUAUUCUGUAGAUUAAUUUGUAAACAAUACUACAUUGAUCACAUGAAAACAAUUAUCAUUCUAUGAUAAAUAAUUACAAAUACAAUUUUUUAUUUAAAUUUAUCUUAGAAUUUGCUAUUAUUUAGCUCAUCUUCUUACGAUAAAUGAACGUACGAAGUCGGCUAUUUGUUUCUUGAAAAUUGAUUAGUUUGGCUUCUGAGAAAUUCAAGUGACAAUAACGCAACAUCAUUUCUAACAAACAUAAUAUGGUCUCAGACGUUUAUAACACCAGUUCUUCGCGCCGCUAUCGCGCGACCGCGACUUACAUCUCGGCGAAGAGAAAAUGUUUAAUCGCCUUUCCCGAAAACCGGCGGUGCCUUUCCAAUUACAUACAUUUCGCCCUGCCCGGCGAAACAAGCCGCAAACUCGUAUGCAAGUCGCACAUACGCGCGUGAUAAAUAACCAUAUGUCCUUUAAAAGUACAACCAGUGAGAGUUCCACAUUCAAAAAACAUCACAGUCUCGUCUCCGUUGCAGGGCUCGUCCGUAUGUCUGUCAGAUUGAUGCAAUUUUGCCAAAGCAGGGGAAAAAACGGGAUACG